AUGGCAGAUAGCUCAAAAUUUCAGAUCGCCAUUGUUGGCGCUGGUAUUGCUGGUCUUGGAGCAGCGAUCGCACUGAAGAAUCACCCCGCUAUUGAUGUACAGGUAUAUGAAAAAGCAUUAGAACUCAGAGAAAUAGGAGCAUCAAUUGCGCUUGGGCCUAAUGGAAUGAGAACUUUGGAAAGGCUUGGUGUUAAUAAUGCUUUGGAAGACGAAGUUGCUUUUCGUAAUAAGUCGAGACAUCCUAUGAUCUACAGGCAUUGGCAAACCAAUGAGAUAGUAUCAACUGAUUCUCAUGCUGGUGAAGUCGAAUAUCGCCAUUUGACCUCUCGCUUUUACCGAGCGCAUCUUCAGGAGGCACUUGCUAAGCAUGUCGAUCCAUCUCGGAUUCACUUGUCCAAGGCCUUUCAAUCGGUUACCUCUGAUGCAACUACCGGGAAACUCCUGAUAACGUUCACGGAUGGCACCACUGCUACGGCUGAUAUUAUUCUUGGCUCAGAUGGAAUCCAUUCACCAGUCAGGACAUUCUUUGUUCCUACUUCGGGUACGGCUUGGACUGGGUGGGUGGCUUUCCGAUCCGUAUUCCCCUAUUCACACGUCGCGCAUAUUAAGGACGUGCCGGACGAGGCGAACCAUUUCUGGGGGCCGGACCGUACGUUAUUCGUGUCGAAACUCGGAAGGGAUCUCUUCACCGUCGUAGGAUCGUACCAGGCCGACCCCGGUGCUCCGGACGCUCCUUGGAAGGACUCGGCAUGGGAUUCGAAGGGCGACGUCAACGUCUUAAGGGGAUUUUAUAAAGACUGGUCACCACUCACGCGCCAAAUUAUCGAUGCAGUGCCCCAUACCAAUGUGUACCCUAACUCAGCGGCCCGGGUCCUAGAUACUUGGGUUUUAGGGGGCGGAAGGGUAACUUUAGCAGGCGACGCAGCGCAUGCCCACGGGGGUGCAUUUGCCGCAGGCGGAAGUCUCGCACUUGAUGACGCAUGGGCUUUUGCGGCGUCGAUCCUACAUGUAUUCCCCGAAAACGCGACUAGGAAGCCGACCGACACGGAGAUACUAACCGCUCUGCGUAUUUACGAAAAGACCCGAAAGCCCCACACCGAUCGCGUGAUGAGUGUUGUUCAUGAGAACAAUAAGAAGAAGUUGGCUAGGUAUUCGCAGGAUAGUCCACCGGAAUCAGAUGAACAGCUUAGGGCGAGGAUAAAGAAUCGGGAUGAUCCUAGUUGGAUUCAUGAACAUGAUGUUCAGGCUGCGUUUGCGCGGGCAGUGGCUGAGGAGACUGCGGGACAAGUUGGUGCUGGUGGUCAGGCAAGAUUGUGA